AUGAAAACUGUUAUUAGAAAAUGGAAUAUAAAUUUUACUGUUCACCCCGGGGAAGUGAUCGCCCUUGUUGGUCCUAGUGGUGGAGGCAAAACAUCCUGUGUUAACCUAUUAGAAUAUUUCUACACACCAGAGAGUGGCCAGGUGCUGCUAGAUAAUAUUCCUAUACAGCAGUAUGACCAUCAUUACUUACAUAGACAGAUAUCUUUGGUUGGACAAGAGCCUGUGUUAUAUGCUAGAACUAUCGAGGAGAAUAUAAGAUAUGGUCUGAAUGAGAAUGAAUGGAGUGAUGCUAAAAUUGAGGAAGCUGCAGAAAUGGCCAAUGCUCACAAUUUUAUCACACAGUUAAAAGAUGGCUACAAGACACAGACUGGGGAAAAGGGCGUUCAGAUGUCAGGUGGACAGAAGCAGAGGAUUGCCAUUGCGAGAGCGUUGCUACGGAAACCACGAGUUCUGUUGCUGGAUGAAGCCACUAGUGCACUUGACUCAGAGUCCGAAUAUCUGGUACAGCAAGCAUUGUAUAAGAACCUGAGUGGCCGAACCGUGAUCAUUAUUGCUCAUAGACUCAGUACUGUGGAGAGAGCUGACCGUAUUAUUGUCAUAGAUAAAGGUGAGGUCAUUGAAGAAGGAACGCAUAAACACUUGUUGAGUUUGAAAGGAAUAUAUUCAAAUCUUGUAAAACGGCAGUUAUUGAUAUCUGAUAACGCAUGGUCAAAAGAUGGACCAACUUCUCCAGUAAGGGAUGUGGGUCAGUUGUUGUCUCCACACGAGUGCUCGUGCUGGAAGAGACGGAGUAGACACACAAGCGGGAGAGUUUCUAGUCGACAUGCCAGUGGAGCUUCGGUACUUUCCGAGGAGGAUGGGACAGGGCAGCCAAAUGUGACUUUUAUUGUUGGUUCAAUUUGAACAUUUUAUUUUGACUAUUUGAACUUUUUAUCUUGACUAUUUUGAGAAAUAGGGAGUGCUGGCGUUGAUGGCAGCUGUGAGCGUCACUUUCGUUCAGUUUUUGCUGGGAAAUUGACAUCUCCAAAGCUACUGAAAUGAAUGGGUUGAAACUUCAACUUCUUCUCUGUGAUUAUCUAACAUGGAUUGGCAUAUGUCUCAUAAUUCUGAGUUACCUACUUAUUAUGAAUACGAAUUAUGCCCCUUUUCUUACUGUCAAGCACUGACAAAAGUUGAGCGUGCUUUCACAGAGACAUUUCUUGUGUUAUGUGUUGUUCAUUUUUUGUUGUUGGUUCUUUUGUUUUUGUGGUAAUAAUGCUCUGCAAAGUCAAUAAUGUAUUCACGUAGAUAUAUAUAUUAUGUACAAGCUUUUAGUAUAGGUAUAUGCUUUCAUUUAAAACAAAAAACUAGUCGCAAUUUUCUUAUACAUUUUCACUUAUUGAAAUACUUGCCUUUAAAAAAAAGAUUUUGUUUAAACAUUGUGAUUAACUUUGUGAAAGAUAAUGGUUUUAUGAUACGACUAACAAUAUUUCAUUGUAUUUUGUAAAUAUCUAUAUUUUAUGUUUAAUGUGCAAUUUAAUUGUGGCAUAACUUGAACAAUAUUCUUGGUAUUUUUAUGAAUGCAAAAAUUGUUUGGUUUCAGUUUGAUAGUGACUAAUAAUUUAGUUAGGUAAUGAAUAGGUUAAGGUAAUAAUUAGCAUGGUAAUGAAUAGGUUACAUGUAGGUAAUGAUUAGUAUAGUAAUGAAUAGGUAAUGUAAUAAUUAGUAUGGAAAUGAAAUAAAUUAUCCAAAGAGAUAUAAAAAAAUUAACUGUUUUUAUGGCAUUUACUUUGCUUUUUAGAAAGAAAUUAACUUU